UGCAAACUGUAUAUACAAAAAUUAAUUUUAGUUUAAAAUUUCAAUUAAAGAAGAUGAUAAAAAAAUAGAAUGAAAAACAGGGAAUUAAUUAAUCUCUUUUUAAAAACUAGAUCUAGGUGAAUAAUCUCCCAAGUGACGUAAACUUCAUUGCUGACGAGGAAGAACGAGUUGGGACGAGACAAACUUAUUGCUUUAUACUCUAUGCAUUCAGCUGUACUUAACUUAUUAACGUCAAGUAUGGAUUUCAGUGUCAGUGGCUGGACCACUGGGGGAGUUAGUGGAUUUUGGUUUGUGAUUUAAAUUAUAGUUUUCUUAGUUUUUUAAUAUUGAUUUUCAUCUAAGGCACUUCGAAAUUUCAGAAAAUGGAUUAUAAAAAAAUUCGCAAACCAGCUAUUGAAGAGUUUUCGCUUCUUCCAAAAAUUAUAAAUGGUGGUAUUGCUGGUAUUAUUGGUGUAUCAGUCGUCUUCCCCCUGGAUCUUGUUAAGACCCGUCUACAAAAUCAACCUGAUGGCGAGAAGAAGAUGUACAAAUCUAUGUUUGACUGUUUUAAGAAAACAUAUAAAGCUGAAGGAUAUUUCGGAAUGUAUAGAGGUUCUGCAGUGAAUAUUCUUCUGAUCACUCCAGAAAAAGCAAUAAAAUUGGCUGCCAAUGAUUUUUUCAGACAUCAACUCUCAGUUGGAGCUGGAGUUCAGUUACCUCUGGCCCGAGAGAUGUUGGCUGGAGCUUCUGCAGGGCUGUGCCAGAUUAUUAUUACUACACCUAUGGAACUUCUUAAGAUUCAAAUGCAAGAUGCUGGAAGAGUUGCGGCGUUAGCUAUAGCAGAUGAAGCAGUCUUCUGGUGGUCAUUCCUUUGUGGCUGCGCUUCUGGAAGUAUUGCUGCCCUCAGUGUGAAUCCUUUCGACGUUGUUAAAACUCGCUUGCAAGCUAUCACAAAAGUAGAUGUGCCCGGGCAAGUCCGAUACAAUGGCAUCUUGGAUACUUUUGAGAAAACUUAUAGGAAUGAAGGUAUAAAGGCAUUUUUCAAGGGAGGAGCAUGCAGGGCGAUAGUGAUUGCUCCUCUGUUUGGUAUCGCCCAGACUGUAUACUACUUAGGCGUUGCUGAAAAACUUCUCUCCUUUCUAAAUAAAUAGACAGUGCCCGUCCUUCAGUGUAUAGCAGAUGGAAGAUUAAUAUUUGAUCACUUUAAAUUAUUUAUUGGGAAUGAAGAAGUGUUUUGGGCACUUAAUAUUACUCCUGACAUUCCUCUAAAGAAAAAAAAAAUUGAAAAUGUGGGUUUUAGUUUGUUAUUUAUUGAUGGUCUACGUAAACCAGAGGAUGUAUGUUUUAAAAAUGUAACAUAAUUUAUUACACAUUUUUAUUUUAAAACAGUUUUAUUGUUUAAUCAAUUCAUUUGAUUAUAUUCUAAUAUAAAACUUUUUCUAUCAAAGUAUUUUGUACGUGUACAGUUGGUUGUCAUUGUGUAAUUAAUAUUAACCUCUGAUCACGGCCUUAAGAUGGACUUGUGUUUGUGGUUAAAUAUUAUGUAUCAAAUUUAAAUAUGUUCGAUUUUAUGUCUAAUAAGACCAUAUCAGUGUUUUGUUUUUAAUGUGAUGAAAUUACUUUGCAUUUUAUUUAUUUCAGGGCUACGAGUAAUAAAACUCUAUAAUUAGAGCUAUGUAUGAAUUCAGUGACUUAGAUUUUUUGUUUUCUGAUUCAUUAUUUGGUAUUUUAAAAUGUUUUUGUGGGGAAAUAUAUAUAAAUAAUUUAUAGUGCAUCCUUGUAUUUAAAAAUAUAAACACACAUUAAUAUAUUUAUGUAUGAAAUUAUGCAUCUCCCAUCCAAAAAAUCAAAGUAUAUAUUUGCAUUUAAACUCUAUAAAAAUAAUUAAAUUGUUUAUAUUAUAAUGUUAAAUUAAUGAACAUGUUAUGGCAAAAUCUAUCUCAGUUUGUUAUAAUGUUAAAUGAAAAUGACUGAAAGUGAAAUUAAUUCAUGUUAUUGUUAUAAAAAUAUGUAUAUUAACGUGAUAGUCAUAUUAAUUUGAUGUGCAUUCCCUAAUUUUUUUUCUCAAGAUUUUUUUCAUUACUCUGAUAAUCAUUUGGGAUCUCAAUUUAUUAAUUUAUUUUUUCCCCAAGCAUUUUUAUUAUUGUUAUUAUUUGUAUUUAUUUUAUGAAUCACUUUGAUUAUUAAAUUGUCUUAUGCUAGUAACAUUUCCCUAUCUUGUUUUUGUCGUUCUUGUUUAUUUAUUUAUUUAUUUCUUACAUAACAAUUUCAAAUGGCAUUUCUAAACAUAUCUCUUUUAUAUUUGUUGAAUAUAAUUCGAGUCAGUAUUACUAUUAAUUUAAAUACAUUUGCAGUUAUAAAAUCUAAAUGUUAGAAAUACAUCAAUUAUGUACUUUAUGUAUGUUAAUACAUGUAUGCUAUGUGGGUCAAUUUAUGUGUCUAUUCACUCUAUGAAGUAAAUAUAUCAAAGAUCAUUCAUAAAAAAUAAAUGAGCAAUAUAGAUGUAAACAUCAAUGAUGUGCUUCUAGUCUUACUCAUACUAGUAGUCUUACAAGUAGUAAAUUAAAAUUAUUAUAAAUUGCUGUGAAUUUAGAGUUGUAUAUUUAUGAUUGUAUUUUGUUAAUGGAUUGUUCUACAACCCUAAAAGAAAUUAGUUCUAAAAUAGUUAUAAGAAGCGUGUUAAGAAUUUUACACAUUGAUGACAAUAACUUAUAUUAUUAAUUUUUUUUCUCUUUCUUUAUUUUGAAUCUUUCUGUUGGUUGAUUUAUGAACUUUUUGAUUUUGUGUUAUAUAAUUGGUUAAAAUAAAAUUUUGUUAAUUUUGAAGUUGUUUUUAAGCUAAUGCUAGAAUAUUGUUUCUUAGAUUAAAUAAAUUAAGAGUUUUUAACUUAAAAAAAAAAAGAAAAAAAGAAAAAGAAAAAUAGAACAUAAAUUUAA